AUGCCAAAAGACCGAGAAAGAUCGCAUGAAGACAAAGACCGAGAGAAAAGAUCGCAUUCUAGGUCUUCAUCAUCUCGUCACCGGCGCACUAAACAUAGCAGUGGACGUCGGGAAAGCUCACGAGAGCAUCGCAGGCAUAGACCGUAUCAACGCGAAAAAGAUUCUCUGUCAUCGACGCAUAUUUACUUUACAGGAUCGGACAUAACUCCCUCCGUUUCAGUUCACACGGAUCACGUAACACUCGCGUCUAACUUGAGUUCGUUAGUAAACACACAGGAUGGCAUGCUAGAAAUCUUUGAAAAUUGCUGUCAGAUGUUGGAGCGAUUACGCCAAGAUCAUCAGGCUACCAAUUCUGCACUUUGGCGAAGCAGUUCUUCGUCUUCAAGUGACGGUUUGAGGCACCGGGGAGCUAAUAAGUCUAAUUUAGUUCCAGUGCCUCUAACAGCUACAAAGAAAUCUAAACCGAGGUGAGGUUGUGGACGCCAUUGAUCUAUGUUGUGAAGGCAAACUCAACCACCCGGAAGGGAAGUUCGGAUAUUUUUUUUUACUUAUACUUUAGCAGGGUCCCAAGUCUCUAUUGUCUCCAAUAUUAUUUUAUUUUCUGGGCAAAGAAAUAUUCAAAGUCUUUUAGAGUUGGUUAUGGAAGUUCAACAAUACCAAGUUAAAGUAGCCUGCGUAGCAAGCGUUUCCAAUCGAGUUAUUGCGCGAAAGUUAGAGCGGAAGCAAAAAAAAGGUGGAAGGGGAAGGGGAGAAGAGGAAACGCUUGCCCGCAAACCCCACGAUUCUGGAAAACGCCCCUUGAUAUUUCACGGUUCGGUGUAUUUGUAAAUUGACAGCUCGUCAAAAUAGAAGUAUAACGAACAGAUUUAACCCUUGGAUUACCAGAUUUGUAAAAUUACUUUUCCUCUAAUAGAACACGUUGCUGGCGAUUGCACGAACUGUAAUAAAAAAAGAUUUACGAUAAAAAAAACUCUAAGCGAUUGCUGCGAAAUUUCUUGUUUUUCAUUGUGUGACUUUUCGUCUGAAACCUUGUCGACACAUCAAAAAUGAUUUGUCCGAAACAAUUCACUUCGCUGGGUAUAAGUCUUGCAGAGUGGUUGCUCUUCAGCCUGUGUCGAAACGUUCUCUACAAUACGUGCCGCUAAAUUUCCAAUAAACAAAAAUAAUCUUUUGAUUUCAAAAAGCUGACAAAUCGCUUGUCCAUGGCGGCUUUAGCUAGUGUCGAAUACCUAUGUUCUGAUUUAUGUUGAUGUUCUUAUCUCCAACAAACAGUCCAUUUUUUCCAGUCAGAUCCACACGCCGUCAUUCUCAAUGAAUUGGCCUUCCCUAGUUUCCACUGCUCAAUCUCCAAUUAUACUUUGAAGACUCUGAUCUCAUAAACCUUUGCACAAACACGAUUCAAAUAUAUAUCAGUCCAAAGUAUUUGUAAUCUGCGACCACAAAUCAGAUGAGACCAGAUCUGUGACGCAUGAAAACAAAGCAUACCUGGUUUGAUUGAUGUUUUGAAUGCUAAGUAUUUAACACUACCCGCACUGCGCCAAUCAGAAGCUGCAUUCGUGGGCGAACGCAGUUUUUCAAAAUCGUGGGGUUUGCGGGCAAGCAUUUCCUUCUUUCCCCUCCCCCUCCGCUGUCAUUCAUUUUUUUGCUCUUGUCUCAGCUUUCCAGACGAACCCCGCGAGGAAACGCUUGCUACGCAGGCUAAAGUUAAAGUACCCCCUCUGAGUCCCCUCUCCCUUCAAUUCCCACAAUAUACACCAUGGCCUUUUGUUGUGGAUUGGUGACUGCUAAGCAUUGCAUUGUGGAACAGAGAUGCUGUUUGGAUUUAUAUAGCAAGAUAACUUUUACCAAAUUUGCUGUUGUUGUUGUUUUUUGCACAGUCAAAUCCAAUUUCUUGAAUCCUCCCAAUACAACUGUAUUUUCAGCCAGUGCGCUGGUGCUAUCUACUGUAUGCAAGCAGCUCUCACAUUUUGCUGCUCUGGGCCGCUUUUUGCUGGUCUUAGUUUAUGAUUCGUUGGAGGAUGACUUUCCUGGAUCCUUAAACUCUAAAAUCAAAAUUUGAAUUCUCAUUUGUUGCCCCUAUUCAUUUCCUACAGAAGUACUGCGGAGAAGUUGAUAAAUAUCAAACAAUUCAUCUUGUGUGAUCAUGUCCGUAAUUCUCAUGACCACUCUGUUUUACAAAGCAUUGAUAUUACAAGGAGAAAUCUGAUGCUGAUAACUCUUAGAAAAUCUACUUGUCCCAGACUACCAGAGGGGACCUUUCUUGAGCCCUGGGGAAAGAUGAAUAUGAAAUAAUAUGAAAAUAUGAAAAUUCAUAUUUCUCUAUUUCAUCUAUGAAAUUCAUUUAUUCAUCAUUUCAAAGUGACUAUAUAAGACAGUCAAUAAAUGAAUCUGUCAUGUGGAUGAACUAUAAAACAAAAUGUAUUUUGUUAUAUUAUUUCUUUUGUCUUAAUGCAGUUUUAGCCAGAUGAUGGAGCUACGCAAAGUAACAGAUCUUGUUCCGGCUGCACAGACCAAACAACAGCUGCAUCAAAAAUUGUUGUCCCAUUCUGAAGCGAAACUUGAAUCCAUCGACAUUUCCUUGUUCUGCCCCCUCACUCAUUCACGAAUCGUAACCCCAGUGAGGGGAAAGAAAUGCAGACAUGUUCACUGUUUUGAUGGCGAGGCCUUUUGCAAUUUGAUGUGGGAGAAAGACCUUGCAAAGUGGAAGUGCCCAGUAAGUAGUACCUACCAAAACAAUCCUCACGGGAUUCAAGUAGUACCCACCAAAACAUUAGGGAAUUUAAGAUAGGUUUAAGGUGACGGCCACGAAAAUGGCACUUAAAAAGUGAAUUUGUGUUGUUUCAAUCUCAUUGCCAUUUCUCCAACUCAUUAACUUUGUCAAAUGCAAAGCAAACUCUUUUUUAGCCAAAUUCCUAAGAACCAUAUUCAAGUUCAGAAAGAGAAAGAAAAUUUAGCCGUUGCUUGUUUAGGUCCUCCAUAAGACAUGAAAUUAGGCAUUUUUCCGUCGUAGUCGGGCAGUGAUGGCAAAGAAAUGUACAAAAAAGUGUGUUACACGUGCAGAGUUGUUGUUUUGCUUAUUCAACCAUUUUGCUUUUUUGAUGUUCUCCUUGUCGUCAGCGUCAUGGCUUCUUAAAGUCCCUAUAAAUGGACUAUUGAUACAGACGAAAGCUACAAGACUAAAAUCUCAGACUUUGAGACUAGAAUUUGUUUCUUCAUAAAUCGAUAGAUUUUAAGGUAAUUGAAUAGCUGUAAUUGUGGGGAAGUAGACUGUGACGAGUCAUUAUUUUUACCUUAGGUGUCAGUUGCAGUUCAAUAGGUCAGAUAUUGCUAUCCACCAGGCCCCAGUUCUUCAAAAGCUGGAUAGCACUAUCCACCGGAUAAAUCUUUAUCCAAUGGAUAGUGCAAUUGGCUUCCCUAAUACUUAUCCACUGGAUGGAGAUUUAUCUGAUGGAUAGCGCUAUCCAGCUUUUGAACAACUGGGGCCAGGUCCUGGUUGUUCAACAGUGGGUAACGCUAUCCACCAAAUAAAUCACUAUUGGGCGGAUAAGUAUUAGGGAAGCCAAUUGUAUUAUCCACUCAAUUAGAGAUUUAUCCAGUGAAUAGUGUCAUCCACCUUUUGAACAACUGGGAACAGACCCACCCAAGUGUGAAAGUUCAAGCAAUUUCACAGUAACUUGUUUGGGUAGAACUGUUAUUCUGUCAAGGGAGACUCUCUUUAGUUAGAAAACUGGACUGAGAGUUUCUGUUUGAUUUUUGUUUUGGUUUGAUUUUUUUUUCACAUUACAAAAAAUAUAAAAUGAUUUCAUUUGAUUUAAGUUUUUAUUGUAGAUAUUCCUUUUUCCGGUAGGGGAAUGUGAGCUUUACUUAUUGUUCAAAUUCUUACUUAUUAAGUGUUGCUGUGAUCACUUAUAUUUGGACAAGAAAGCUUAGAAAAUUACUUGUCCAGUAAGAAACUCCUUCUAAUGACUGGAUGGGGCUUUUUUAGCUCUGAAACAAAUCUUUGGGUUUUCUAUAUUACACCAAGUUUAAAACGAAGCAUUUUAUAAAUUUGCAGAUUUGUAAAGGUCCAACACCACUGUCUGAGUUGAUUGUGGAUGGAUUAAUUGUCGAAAUCCUAGCAUCAGUUCCAGAGGACGUGAAAAGUGUGGAGUUCACAUCUGAUGGAUACUGGAGAUUGAAGCAAGGAGCUUCACUACCCUCUGCAAACACAUCUUCAAUCAGCUUGAACUAUAACCAAGGAAAUAAUGAGGUCAUUGACCUUACCUUUGACACCCCAGGGAAAGUAAUUGUCAAGAAAAAUACUUUAGUCAGCAAUACCACUCCCCCUGUUAUCGACCUGACUUUGUCUCCUUGA